AUUGUUUCCAUGCUUUAAUGGAUUUUAGAUAAAACUGAUUUCUAGAACGAAACAUGAAUGACAUAUUGAAAUAAUUCUGAUGCUUGUUAUCUCUUGAUCCUGUCUACAGUUAGCAAUCAGUAAAGGUUUUAACAUAAGUGUAAUUACGUGCAGAAGGGAAAAACAAGAGAGCCAGUGUUUGAACAAAAAGGCGCUAGAAUCAACGUUCAGUUUUGAGCACACCUGUUUACUUCCCCUUACUGCAAAUAUGGAACUAACCAGGUUUCAACGUCGGGGUAGGACAGAAGCUCGACAUCUGUGGUUAUGCAUGCCCUCCUGACAGCAAAAUGCCAGAGAAUCCAAACGUCGACCAGGACAUUGACGGUUUCUAUGGUAACAACAUUACCAUGGCAACCGCUUCAAACACAAAUGCCAACGCCCGAAGACAGGGCGGGCAGGGGGUCCCAAGGGUGUCGUCUGCUGGUUUGCAGUAUUACGACAUCGCCACGCAACUGCUUGGGAAGAAAGGGUCGGAUUUGGAAGAAUUGUUCAUUGCUGCAGCCCGAGAUGGGGUUUACGAGCGGAUAGAGAAUUUCCUACAGAGGAACCGUAUGGAGUAUGUGGUCAGUAUUGAUGUUAAAGACAAGAAAACAGGGAAUACUCCACUCAUAUGGGCUGCCAAGAGGGGACAUGCAAAGAUUGUUCAACUGUUGCUGCGUCACGGGGCAGACGUCACACUCAGGAACUACGAGGGUCAUACGGCAGUUGAGGUCGCAUCCAACGCUAUACGUUCCAUUCUUCUGGACUCAGUAGAGCGAUCAACCGAGGCCUCUCACCAAGUUUUACUGCAAGCAGCUUGGCAGGGAGAUCUCAAAGUUAUUAAUAGACUGUUGAGCCAAAAGAAGGUUUUAGACAUCAACUGCCAGAAUGCCGAGGGUUAUACGCCUGUGAUGCUUGCUACCCGUGAUAUGCACUUCUUUGAACGACAUGCUGUUCAGAUGUCACGACCCUAUAAUCCUGCUGAAGUUGUGGCUGAACUGCUGAAUGCAAGAGCUGACCUACAUGCUCCAGACGGAGACGGCAAAACGUGUCUACAUCACGCCUGUUCUUCUAAGGCCUUGAUUGCUCAUUCUGUGGUGGCAACUAUCAUAUCUGGAGGCCCAGAUAUGGAGCAGAAGGACAAGCGUUGUUUUGCCCCGCUCCACUGUGCCUCUCUGACAGGGAACGCUGACUGCCUAUCAAGGUUACUGGACGGAGGAUCGGAGGUCAACUCACGGGGGUUCGCAGGGGCCACAGCGCUUCAUAUUACAUCCUAUAACAACCACGAGAAAGCCACUGACGUCCUACUGGAGCACGGUGCCAACGUGAUGCUGACUGACGACCGCGGGCUCAAUCCUCUAGACUUUGCCAAAACACGGAAAAUGAAGAAAAAGCUCAAAGACGCGUGGGCUGAGGCAUCUACCAAUAAGUCUACGACGAGUUUAGGUCCAAUACGGGCUCAAAGUCGGGAAGAUUUGAGGUCAUCUGUGGAAGAUCUUACGAAGAGAAAGAAGGGGGAAGUAAUCUUUGAGGGACUGCCAAGUAACCCAUUCAGUGAUUCAAAUAAAAAGGACACAAUUGCAAUUUUAGGUGCCGGCAUUGUUCUUGAGGAGAUCUAUAGAAUUGAUUCCAAGGGCCUUACUCGCCAUCUCAGCCUGAAAGAGAAGAAUGGACAGGAGGAUGACCAAAAACAGGCGUAUACAAGAGACAGCGUUCGUAAGCUGGGUCAAGUUCGAAGCCAGCAGAAGCCAUCGCCACUGCCGCGUAGGAAAUCUCGCAGUACAGAGAGACUUCCAAUGAUAAGCCCUGAUAGGCUGGGCUCAGACAGAAAUCUGGAGUCACCAAUCAUGUUCAACAGAAACGCUCGUGCUAGGAGGUCCUUUGAGGAUAGGAGGGGUCGUAACAGAAGGGCCCCCAUAUCAACCCGAGAGGAUGAAGAGAUACAUGAGCCCAUGACCCCAGGGGCUCCCUCCCCCACCCCCUCCCAUCGUCGGAGUGAGUCUGACCCCAACAGGGGCAAUCCUAAUCUUGGGGACAUUGCGGCAGGGUGUGAACCCUAUCUUCUUACACAGAGGAAAGAUAAUGAAUAUAAAUCAGGGCGCUCCUUUUCUGUGACUUCUAACCCCUCUAAUGACCCCACCCCGCUACCAGACAGAUUUACCCCCCCUGGGAUUGGUGAAUACUCUCCCCCGCAAAGAGAAGUAACUUUCAACCUCCAAAGAGAAAGUACUCUUGCAAGCCUACAAAGGGAGGCCACUCUAUUGAGCAUGGCAGAUAGUAGAAUGUCGAAUAACUCUAACUCUCCAAGGCUUCUAAACCUUGGUCAGAUGCUGAGCAAGUCCCGUACCCCCGUUCAGCCCCUGUAUGGCCCCACCUCCAACAAGGUGAUCCCGCCUACCCCCACUUUCCUCACCCAGAAGGCUUACUCAAAUCUUGAGGAUGUUACCUCCCCUAGAUCUGAUGAGGACAGUGAUAUUUACAAGGAUCGUCUAGGCCAGCCUUAUGAACUCUCAAGAUCAAGGACAUUCUUCAAAGAUGAAUUCAUUCUUGAGGAGAGUCGACCUAAGGACCCAUUUAUCAGGUCAUCUUCAGGGAGUGAUACAUUGUCUUCAAGCGGAAGUAGCCAUUUGUCGUCUUCAUCGACAGAUUCACCAAUGACCUUGAAAGGAAAAGGGGCAAAGUAUUUGAAAACAAACUCUGUGAAAGCCAAUCAACAAGUGACUGGUAAAAAGACAGAUAAUGCUGGUGGGGCUAAUAGUGAUUCUGGGGUCAAGGUCAAUGAGAAAAAGACUCAAAAUGGACCUCAAGGUCAAGGGUUAAAGGUCAAUGGAAGUGGUAUGCAAGACAGUAGAAACUCUCCUGUGAUAAAUUCUAAAACGAACGGCAAUGCAAUGGCAAGCAAUACCUCAGUCUUACAUUCCAUGGCAACAAGAAAUGCAUCAGUGGUAACUGCUAACAACGGCAAUGCAAAAAAUGCCAACAAUAAAAAUGGUGCUACUAAAAGUGGUCAAUCAGGUGGAUUUAUUGUGGUUCAUAGUGAGUUUUCAGACAUAAGAAGUGAAAGCGAAAAGAAAAGGGACAAAAUGUUUAGUAGGAAUACGGAAAGAAAUGAUGAAGUCAAAAGCGUGGGUGAAGCAUGUCCAGAUAAAUUGAAUAACAAUGUUACAGAGAAGCAGAAUGAAUCUCCAAAGAGUGGUAUAAAUGGACCUAAUAAGGCAAGUGAGAAUGGUGCUGCUAAGGGAGAGUCUAAACCUGCUCAAGUAUCUAACGCAAAGAAAAAGGCUCAAGCAAAAAUGCAGAAUGUCCUUCAAGUGGUUCCUACAAAACUGACUCAAAAUAUUGUACGGACCGCCCCUAAAGCAGUCAAAGAAAACAAAGCUGAGACAAAGACAGUUUCAAAUAAGGUAAAUGCAAAACCAACAGGAACACAAGGUGUUAAAAAUGUAAAUAUGCAAUUGUCUCCUUCUGCUCAAGUUGUUAACAGAGUUGCAGGUCAAGCAAAUGCUGCAAGUGAUAAGGCUGAUGACUCUCCAACAAAAGAUAAAGAAAACAUAACAGACAAUAAACAGAUGGUUUCUCAGGUUUCCGGUCAAGCUGGUGAAACAGAUAAAAAGGACAAUGCCAAUACACAGAAUGUGAAGAAAAACAAUGUAAAUGUUAUUGGUAAAACCAAUACAGCAGACAGUUCAAGAAUGGCUCAAAAUGAUAAUCGCCUAGGUGCACAAUCAAGAAAUUCAGGCUUUUCUGUGCCAAAGAGUACAACACCAGUGCAGAAACCAACAGCGGGUAAUGUGCGUAAAACAAACUCAAGUUACACACAAAGGGUUCAGACAAACAAUCCUUCAAGCUCAACAUUAGAAAAAAGUAUGUCUGAAGCUAAAUUAACUCUUAACACUUCUGUUGCGAAUGCCACUGCAACAAAAGCUGCUGAUGCUGCUUCAGCAAGCAGUUUAAAACCACAAAAGUCUUCAUCUCCAACAGAUCUUGUUCCGCCAUCAGUAUGUAAAACAACUUCAGUUUUAAAGUCUUAUAACAUGUCUUCAAAUCAGCCAACAGUUACAAAAUCCCCUAGUAGUGGAUCAUUAUCAUCAGAGUCAACAAAUGUAACAAAAUCGACUGCCUCACCAACAACAACAACAACAGAUUCUAAUAAGGCAAAAACAACGAAACAUUCAGUACUGUCUAAGUCAGUUUCUGAGCCAAUUCAAGCUAAAGCAAGCAACAGUAAAGUGUCAAAUUCAGGUAUAAGUGUCAGUAAGAGUAUAUCCCAGAUGCCUUGUGUAGGAACAGUUACUUCUACAAGAGGAAUUCAAAAAUCUCCAUCCAUGUCAAAUGUAGAGGAAGCUAAACCGAAUAAACUAAUGUCAUCUUCAGACACCAGAAUUCAGAAGGAUUCUAUUUCAAACAAAAAACAAAGGCCAGCUAGUGAUGGAUCUGUAGUUGUUGCUACAAAAGAGGAGGACAAUCUUAAUCCAAAUGGUGUAACCCCAUUGGUUGACAUACUACCAGAGGGCCUUGCUAAGAUUAAUAGGAGGAAUUACAUUGAUAUUAAUAAUCCUAUUACUACACCCGUGAUUGUUAACCCCUUUGAAGAACUGGAACAAAAUAGAGAAAAAGAAAACAUGCAAAAACUUGGUGCAAGAGCUGUAACAGCAACUGAAUUUGGUUUUAUCAUAGACAAACCGGCAAUGGAAAGAUCUAAGACACAAGCUUCAUUAAAGAGUAGAGGUAAUAAAGGUACUAAGAGAUCUAGUAAUAAACCAUCAUCUGCUCAGAGCAGAGGGGCAAGUGCAAGGAAGAAGAGAUCUAAAAGUAAAGAACCCGGAAACAAAUCGGACAAUGAAAACUCAAGACCUAAGAGUGGCAAAAGUGGAAAGAGAGUCAGAUCUGGAAAAAGAAAGAGGAAAGUUCCUGGUGAUAAUCUUGGCAAGCAAAAUGAGCAGGAUGAUGUGGCUCUUAUAGGCGGAAUUGGUUGGCAGAUUGCUACUUCAUGUAUUGAUAAGUCAGAUGCUGACGCAGUUAUGGUUAGUGCAAUUGAUUCAAGUGAGUCAGAUUCUGAGCUCACUGAAGUUGUUCCAAGUACAAAUCCUUUAAAAAUUGAUAUACCAAUAGAUCAUCUUGUCAUUCCAAAUGCAAUAGAAACACCAUCUUCUGUAUACUCACCACGAUUUAAAGAAGUACCCUCAGAAAGGCAUGAAAAAGAGCUUGCAUUCGUAGACAAUGAUGGUUAUAGACCUAUGAACCUGGAUAUGACCCAAAAGAGUGUCAGUAGUCAGAAUAGAUCUGGAGUUAUUGUUGGAAAAGAUAUGCCUGAAGACAUUGGAGAUUUCUUGUCGUAUCUGAAACAUGAAGACAAUGAAGUGUUUGCUGAAGAUGAGGCGGAAUAUUAUAUUGAUGAUGAUUACAGUGAGUAUACUCAAGGAAACGGUAUGGAUGAUGAUGAUGAUGAUGAUGUUGAUACUGAUGAUGAUGAGAAUAUAGCUCACAGAGUACAAUUCUUUCAUGAUCUAACCCCAAUACCUGAAUCACCAUCACUUAGUAAUACAUUGACUUCUAUUCAGAAGACAACUGCUGCUAUUCACAACUUUGACAAGACCACUAAAGAUCAUGAACUUAACAAGUUGUUAGGUGAAACACCUAGAGAUAAAACUAGUAGUAAGGAUACAAGUUCUACUAAAACGGACAAGAGCAGUGCAGGCUCUCUUAAAACUAAUUCAUUGAGAAAUAGUGGAAACACCAUCAGGUCAUCACAAAAAGAUUCACAGAAAUCUCCAAUUACUAGCGCAGCUCAGGCUAAGAAUCAGCAGAUAAGAAAUUCGUCCUCCAAGUCACAGACAUCUAGAACAUCAAGUCUCAGUGCUGAAAUCAAGGAAAGGGCUAAUAGAGCAAUGUCAAAGUCUCUCAACUCUCCUAAGGCUAACAUAGGAGAAGUUAAAAGUAUGAGUAAGACGUAUACUGGUGCUACAAACAAUUCAGCAAGUUUAAGAAAAAGUGGCUCUAAAGAAAAGCUAAGUAAAAGUCAAGAUCUCACAAGAUCAACGAGUGUAGAAAGUAAUGAGUCAAAGCAAGGUGGAGGUGAUACAGCUGACAAUGUGCAAACUAAGGAAAGAAUUGACAGUAAGGUUAUGGACUUAAAGAAGUUAUUAGCAGAUAAAAUGCAGACUACCCAGAAACUGUUGGAAGACUCUGCUCCUUACAGUUCGUAUAAGAGAAAGCAGAGUGAAGAAAACUCUGAAGGACUUGAUAGAGAAGGAAGUGAAAUCAAACUUAAUAUUCAACCUUUGACUGAAGAGAACUUGAAAGCUUUGACUUCUAGAACUGAUGAAGAUGCUAAAUCCACAAGAAGUUCCAGGAAAGAAAGGAAGUUCUCUGAGACUAAGAAUGAAACAAGAGAUGAUGAUAUGAAAGAAGCAAUUGAUGAGAUACUAAGUAACACUUUUCCCUCUUCUAAAGGGACACUUAAAGCACACAUGUCAAUGCGAAGUGCUAGUAGUACACUGACUGAGGCUGAUAGAAAAGUUCUUGCUAAAAUGGUAAAAGAAAACCAAGAAUCUCCUUUCCACGCUAAACAACAAGUAAGAAUAUCUAGCUCAUAUGAUGAAUCUGUGACUUUAAACAAAGACAAUCCUGAGCUAAUGAAAAGAUUUCAUGCAGAUAAUUAUAAGGUAGGUCAGAAGGUACAUGCCAUGGUUGAAGCUGGAGCUGACAAGGGUAAAGUCAAAGCAAUGCUGAAUGUGGACAAUGAAGCUAAACAACUGGCUAGAAUUAUGAACAGUUUUAAACAAAUGGAACUCUAUGCAGGAACGAGUAACAAUAAGUCGUCAAAGAGAGAAACACCAAGAAGAGAUGGAGACCACAUGUUCAGAAGUUUGUCCAAGUUUGACCAGCACUUGUCAGGAGCGGGACACCACCACUCGGGCAUGCCACCGAGGCCAGGGUCGGCAGGUGCUGGUAGGCACCGUCCUGGGAAGUUUACAGAAAUCAAGGGAGGCAAAUCUGCUACCACUGAGACGAGAGAGAGGCUGAGCAGUCCAGUAAAUGUCCCAAAGGACCUGGCGGAUGAGUUUGCGCGCAGCCCAUAUGUCCGUGUGAGCAGUCAGGAAGAUGAUGCCAUAGAUGAGCUGGCUAAAGUGAUCAAAGUAUCCUCUCAUGAUAGUGAGGAGGACCACCUGAGUAUAGCAGACAGCGAUCACGAGCGUGCGGACAGUGCGUGUACGACACUGAGUUCCCAUUCCUCAUUUAUGGAGGAGACAAUACAGUGGAAGAAAGGCAACGUCCUUGGAAAGGGAGCAUUUGGCACUGUAUGGUGUGGGUUAACCAGCGAAGGUCAGCUAAUAGCGGUGAAGCAGAUCGAACUUAACACAGCGAGUCAACAGAAGGCGAUGAAAGAGUAUGAGAAAGUCCAGGAAGAGGUCGAACUGCUUAAAACGCUUGAACAUAAGAAUAUUGUUGGUUACCUGGGCACAAGCUUAGAGGACAGCAUCGUGAGCAUCUUUAUGCAGUUUGUACCGGGCGGUUCGAUCGCGAGUAUUCUUGCAAGGUUUGGGGCUUUGGACGAGGCUGUAUUCCGUAAAUACACGAGACAGAUAUUGGAAGGUGUUGAAUAUCUGCAUCAGAAUGAUGUCAUUCAUAGGGACAUCAAGGGAGGUAACGUGAUGCUUAUGCCCAACGGAGUUAUCAAACUUAUCGACUUUGGCUGUGCAAAGCGUCUCUGUAUAAACCUCAGUAUGGGACAGUCGCAGAUCCUCAAAUCGAUGAAGGGGACCCCAUAUUGGAUGGCACCAGAGGUCGUCAAUGAAACCGGGCAUGGGAAAAAGUCGGACAUCUGGAGUGUUGGAUGUACAGUGUUCGAGAUGGCGACCCGUAAACCCCCGUGGGCCGAUAUGAACCCCAUGGCGGCCAUAUUUGCGAUAGGGUCAAACAAGCCUGUUCCCGAGUUACCCGACAGAUUCACUGAAGAAGCCCGCAACUUUGUUACCCUCUGCUUAACCAAAGACCAGUCAAAAAGGCUCUCGGCCUCCGAGUUGCUCAGCGGAACAUUCCUGAAGAGACGAUCGAAAAAGACCUCAGUCUGCUGACCUGUAAAAGAGGCAAAGUCGUUCGACAUUGCUGGAUCUUAGAUUUAUGCCUAUAGAGCAAAUGACAGUUCAGUGUGAAAAUGCUGAUCAAGUUUAUAACAGCUAGUAUCAGUAUAGAAGUCGUUUGUGGGAUCGACAUAAAAGACUUUAAAUAGCUGCAGAAUUUCAACAUCACCUACUUUGCAUUGAGGAGUUUCGAUUGUUUUUUUACAACCGCGUUAACUCUAUCCUUCAGACAGACAGACUGAGUGCUAUUGCACCAUUUAACCACAUAAUGGAUUUAUUGGUAGGCGUCUCGUUAAGUGAAGAUGAACCUAGUGACAUUCCCUCAUUGACCUGGCGGUUUUUAAAGGUUAUCAUUUUGGCAAUCGAAAGAGUGACAUCUUUUCUGCAAACUUAAUGUUCCAAAUUUCGAAAAAUUAUCUUAUUUUAGACCAGCUGUGGAGUAGAUAGUUAAAAUGCACAUAAGCAGUUAAAGCUCAGGGAUUGCAUUGUUCAGGAGAAACCGACACCUGCGUACAGGUGUUUGAUUUAGAAGUUUGAAGAAAGAUGCACAAUAUUGUCAUCAAAGUAUUGGGUCAGAUUGCAUGACAGGUUGCUAUUGUGAACACCAAAAGUUAAAGCAAUACUUUAGGCACCCACGACCCAGAUUAAAUGAGAUUAUUCUCAAGCUCUUAAAGCUGCACUCUCACAGAUUUACCGUUUUUACAACUUUUUAAUUUUUUGUCUUGGAAUGAGCAAAUUUUUGCUUAAAUAUCUGCAAACCAAUGAUAUAAGAUUGCUGACAAAAAAUCAGAUCGUAGAUUUUAAUAUUUCCGAUAAAAAAUUAAUGUUUUAUGGCUUAAACCAUUACUUAUGGUUUAAAAAAAAUGCAUAAACAUCAAUUUUUGAACUUAAAUAUAAAAAUCUGCGAUCUAAGUUUCUGUCAGCAGUCUUUUAUGUCUGGUGUCCAUGGAUUUUUGGCAAAGAUUGUCUUGUUCCAAGACCAAAAAUAAAAAUGUUGUCAAAACGUUCAAUCUGUGAGAGUGCAGCUUUAUGGGAGAGUGUAUUAUUUCAAUAACAAGGGUUGUGAGUGACUUUAACUGUUGUAUAUUAUGUUGUCGAGGACAACCAUGUUGUCUAGGACAACAUUCGAUAAAAAGCAUGCGAUAUAAGUGAAUAGCAUUGUAAUUUAUAUGCCAGGUAGAUAUUGAAUGGUUAGGCCCAUUUUACUUAAAUCCGUUCCAAUAUGAAGGUUAAUGUGUAGACAAAAAGCAAAUAAAUCCUCUUAAACAUGGUACAAAAAUAAAAAUUGAAGCAAAAUGGAAACAGCGAGCUAGAAAAAGUGGAAAAAGGAAAAAAAAUCCUUUGAUUAUUUUUACUCAAGACUUAUUGUAUUGCUCAUGCUAAAAUGGACACAUUUAUGAAUAGAAAUUGAUUUAGAGUUAUUUUACCUAUUUUUAUAAAUAAGCAUUAAACACCAACUGGCAGAGACUUGUUUGAACAGAAUUUUGUAAAACCAAGCUUAAAUUGAAUUAAUUUUCAGUAACGUUAUUUUUAAAAUGCUUUUCAACAAAAUAGAGAAUUUAAUAUAAUAUUUUUUAAAUAUAUAUUAUCAAUAAGUAUUAUCUAAUCUUUUGAUACUGUUUUAUCACUGAAUCAAGCAUUUUCUUCAUUUUUCACACGAAAUCAUAUUUUUGAUGUCUGACCCUAUGCAACGUGAAUGAGUCAAAGAUUGCCUAUGACAGUAAAACUAAGCAAUUAAAAUUGUCAAUAAUUGUUACGGUCUUUUGUUAGACAUUAAAUGUCAUACUGAUUAGACAAUUAAGCUUUCUACAAGUAAAUACAAAUUGUUUUCUAUGCAAGUCAUAUACUAUGACAUCGCCGUUUAAUCGUAUAAUGUUGGAGCCAAGCCAUGAUAGGCUUUGUGAUACUGCUGAAAGACAUUAAAUAGCGUAUUGUUAUUCGAUCGUAAUGGUUGUCAAAUUAAAGAAAAUAAACAUAAUUUUCUUUAAAUAUGAUGCAGUUCUUUAACCUUUGUAAUGGAUGUCAAAAUUCGCCAUUGUUAGCCAGACUAGAAAACUGCAAGCGUAUGCCUAUUUUAAUAAUUUUGCAUAAUUCUUCUGUAUUCUUAUUUGCUUAAGGGCCCAUAGAUCUAAAAUUUGUUUGAGUUUACAACAUGAUUAACGACCUAGUUUUUAACUUUAAAACUUGUAAUAUUUUAUCAUAUGCUAGCAUAAUUAUAUAUAAACAAAUACAUAUGAAACAGUUGUCUCAAAUUUUGCGAGAGAUACAAGUGUUUCCAUUAAAAUUCCAGAGCAGUGAACUAAAAGUUAACAAUAAGUACAUUAACAUCGUUGUUAACUAUAAUGAGGGUCUGAACAAUCGACCCUAAGAAACUGAAAGCCCUUAGCAGGUCCUUAUUUUAUUUUAAAUUUUUGCUUUUGGGUUUAAUUUCAAAAGAAUAUUUUUUCAAAUAUAUUAACAAUCUUUGUGAAAAUGCAUUUAGGAUGUACAUGCAAUUUCGCAUGGGUUGCAUGUAUAAACAAUCAUAUAAGAUUUCAUGAGUUUUCAAAUAUGUAAUGUAUCAUAUAUAGAUCAAUGCAAUAAAAUCACUUAGACAGUUAUAUCAUAAACAGGCCCCUCAAUUUCUCGGAAGAUCUUAAGUGUCAAGCCGAAUUUCUUACUUAACGUUACUAAAUUAGAAUUAGUCAAUUGAGAUUAUCAUUAAGAUAAUUAAUUUCCUUGUAAAGUCCUUAAACUCUUAAGAAUACAAACAUUACGUGAAUUUUACCAAAACAAAAUUAGUUAGCUUAGUUUAAUCAUGUUAUAAGGGGCUUAAAAUGUUUCGAGAAAUUGGGCCUUUUAAUGUAUAAUCACGUAAUCCUUCCAAUAAGAUAAAUAAUGUUUUGUGAAAAAAUUAAAUAUUAUAUUUGUAUCACUGUGCUUGUGAAAGUUUUUGCAAAAUAAUAUUGGGCCAAUUGGUAAGAACUUUGUUAAAGUUAGCAUCUUCGUUAAUGUCACUAUUGUUAACUUUUAAAUCGUUACUGCUCUGGAAGUUAAAUGUAUACACUUGUAAUAUGCAGUAUUUCUAACAUGACUUGAGACAAAUACUUUAGAUGUACUUGUUUUACUUAAAUAUCUGUGCACAUCAUCAAAUAUUUUACACUUAAAAGUUAACAACAAUCUCGUUAAUCAUGUCGUUAACUUUAACAAAGCUCUGAAGAAAUGGUCCAAUGUUAUAUAAAUUUAGAUGUUUAUGGUUCAAUUUGAAAUUAUAUCAUAAAUGAUGUUGCCAUCAUUAUUAUAAAUGUGCCCAACUAUUAUAUUAAUGAUGUUUUAUGUUUGUAACGCUAUAAAUCAUCAAAUUAGUGAUUUUUUCUAUAAAUAACGGUAUACUAUUACUUUCAUGGACAUUCAUUAGAAAAUUUAUUAAACUUGUUUACCAAUAUUGAUGAAAACUCGCCAAGCCUGAUUUUUAUCAGUUCUAAAUUAUUAAUUUUACUAAAUUACGUUAUGAAUGUCACUACUCAUGUCAAACCGUCUAUGUAUAUCAUUUGUAAAUAAGUGAAUUUGUGAUAAUGCUUUUAAGAUGAAGUUGAAAAAUGUGAGACAAUACUAAAUAAUGUUCCAAGUUAAAAAAAUAUUUCCAAACUUUUAGUUAUGUAUUAAGUAGAUAAUUUGUGUAUAUUACUCAUCUUUUCUUGAAUACUUUUUUUCAAUAAUUUAAAAGUUGUACAAUUUGUGUAUUGAUUUGUUUUAUGGAUGAUUUGAUGCUGUUAAAUUUUCAUAAAACCAAUAUCGGUUUGAAAAGUGCUUUUUAGAAAAGCAAACUUACUUUUUAUGCGUUUUUACAGAGAUUUAGAGAUAUUUAUUUGUAAGAAAUAUAUUUUGAAAUAAUGACAUUCAUUAACUCAAUUAGUGCCAAAUGUUUUAAAUCAGAUGUUUAUUUCAAUGCUAAAUUCUUAUUAUGUUUUUUUCUAUGUUGUUGUAAAUGCUUCAGUGUUUAAAUGCUUAAAUGAUAUUCUAAGCUAAAUGCUUAUAUGUUUUAUUACUUAUGAUGUUGUUGAAAUGCUUAUAUCUUUAUUUCUAAGCUAAAUGCUUAUGGUUUAUUUCUAAGCUAAUUGCAUACAUGUUUAUUUCUAAGCUAAAUACUUUAGUAUUUAUUUUUAAUCUAAAUUUGGAAGUGUUUAUUGCUAAGCUAAAUGCAUAAGUGUUUAUUUCUAAGCUAAAUGCUUAAUGGUUUAUUUUUAAGCUUAAAUGCUUAUAUGUUCAUUUCUAUAUCGAUGAAAGGCUUAGGUAUAUAUUUCUAAGCAAAAUGCUUAAUACAGGUUUAGAUGUACAUGUAGUGUGUUGUAUGUAAUAAAAUCUGUGUAUAUAUUGUGGGAAUUAAGGGGCAUUUUUACAUUGAACAUGUAUUAACAUACAUUUGUAACAAUAUGUAUAUAUAAAUUUUAAUGUCAUUGAUAUGAAUCAUCCUAUUUUAUGACCUCCUGUUUUGUUCCUUGUCCGCUGUUGCCGUUUAUUUCUUUAAUAUUGAAAUCAUUGUGUUCAUUUAGCCUGUUGAAAAUUUGAUAGUUUAGUUAAAGAUUCCUUUCAUGUCCUGUUCCAUAUUCAAGUGACCUGGAUGAAAUCUUCCUUUUUCAUGCAUGUACAUUUUUAAAUGAUUUGAAAUUUUUAGACUUUAAGCAUUAAGAGUAUGUACAUAAUGUAGUUCUGUAUGUUGAGCUGUUAAUCUUCUCAGAAAGUCUUAAACAAGUUCAGGAAAUUAUUUAGCAAUUGAAAUUUUGAUGUAGGCACAAGUUGGGCCAUUUUAUCAAUGACUUUUAGGAUUGAUUUUGUACAUAGGAGUGAUUUCUUUUACCUAGGAGAUAUUUUGAACAUUGCAGUACUACUGUUGAAAAUCUCUCCUACUCCUAGGUGCAGUUUCACUCCUAGGAGUAUUAAUGAAUCCUCAAGGAUGUCAUUUCGUUAAGACUCUUAGGAGCAAUCUCAUUUUUAGGAGAGAUUGUUAACACUGUAGUACUUCUGUUGAAAAUCUCUCCUACUCCUAGGUGUAAUUUCACUCCUAGGAUCAGUGAUGAAUCCAGAAGGCUGCCAUUUCAUUAAGACUCCUAGGAGUGAUUUCAUUUGUAGGAGAGAUAUUCAACUGUGUAGUACUACCGUUAUUAAUCUCUCCUAACCUGCUCCUAAGAUUAUUGAUAAUUACUUCAGGUAUUGUUUCAGUGUCACAGAAAAUACAUGUACAUUUGAUGUAAACAUACCAAGGUAAAGUUUAGCAGAAUCUGAUGUAAUGGUAUGACUGAAUAAUGAUCUGUAUAUACUAUAUAGUGUUUUGAGGCUUUGUUUUACUUUUAGAAGUUAAAACUAUGUGUAAUUAUUCAAUGAAAAUGUAUUGAUUUUGGAACAUACAUAAUUUAUAGUGCCAAUACUUUGUUCUGCAUAUCUGGUCGAUGAAAUGAGUGGAAUUUAUCAAAAUAUGCAUUUUGUAAGAAAGCGAUAUUUUUAAAUGCGAUUAUUAUAUCAUAUAUUUGUAAGUGUAAUAACAUUAUAUAUGGAAGAGUAUAUCAUUUAUACAGGUGAUGUGAUCAAUUAGUCAUGUUAACUUGUUUAAUGUUGACUUUAGUUAUAACAUGGCAUGUGGCAAUAAUUAUGUUGACUUGUUCACUUAAUACCUAAAUACGUCAACAUAAUUUAUUAUAUUGUGUCUAGUUAAAGCUUGAAGGUCAACAUUUACCAAGUUAACUUGCAAGUUAUAACACAACAUAUCACAAUAAAUCUGUUGACUUGCUCAUUUAUUAAACAAAUAAGUUGACAUAAUUUUUGCGACAUGUCUUUUCAAUCUCGCAAGUCAACAUUAAGCAAGCUGACAUGACUAUAUGAUCAUAAAAGCUGUAUAUACUAUAUAUCCUUCCAUACAUUAUGCAAUUUGUUGUUGACUUAAAUGCAUUCUAUUUCUGUCUUCCAUGAUGGUAAUACAUAUUUCUUAUUAAAAGAAAGUAGAUUAUU